UCGAAAGACAAUAUUUCCAUACCUGCCACAUCCCAAAAAAAAAUCUCUAAAUCCGUUAUCAUCCCCAAAUAAAUUAGAGAUCCUCAGACCCUGUUUCGGAUUUUCCCAACAGGCUCGGAAUCUACAGGGAAAAUUGUCAUCCUACCUUGGGGUUGCUCUUCGGGAUUCGUCGUUCUACCUCAUCACUUCGCAUUCCUUUUUGCCAUCUGUUAUCGCAAUCCGUCCUAGCAAUCGAUUUUGUAGCAAUAAAGUGCAGGCGGUGGGUGAGAAGGCGAGGCGACGACCACUUCGAUUCGUCACCGUGUGCUCCAAUCGAACCCCGAGCAGUGGUCUCCAAUCCCGUGGCGGGAUUUUGAUUCCGAGGCGGCGAAGAAGAAGAGCAAAGCUACUCCCUUUUCGCCGCGUUCGGUUCUCUGAGGCUGAGGAGGAAAGGGAAGAAGGGAGCCUCCGAGAAUGGCCGAGGUUUGCCUCGCUAAUUGCACCGGCGCGGUCGUCGCUUGCAGGAUCGAACCGCGACGCCGCCGUCUGUCUUGCUUAUUCCCCAAAACCUCGCCUUUCGCCCGCACCAAUCUCGUCCUCGUGGGUCCCUACGCUGCCGCCGCCGCCGCCACCGAUCGAGGCACUGGCCUCUCGGAGGAGGAUGCCUAUUCAUCCUCGCGGCUUUCCCCUCCGCUCGGACUCCCCUGGACGGAGGCGGAGGGAGAGAAGAGGCGUGCGAGGGAUCUCGAUGUGGCGGUGAGGGCGGUGCAGUUGGCGUGCUCGUUGUGCCAGCGGGUGCAGAGCGGACUGGUGGCACGGGGGAAAGGGAAGACGAUGUCCAAGUUGUGUGGCAGAUUGGAGAGUUCAAGGAUUAGUUAGCUGGUUCUUAUCAGACUACUUUGGCUGCGACGGACAUGAAUCGAUCGUCGCAGAAGAAGAUGUCUUCACGCUGUUGAGAGGACGCCACAGUUUGCUCGAAUCAGUGACGAGUUCCGUCAACGAAUGCCCCUCUGAAGCUCCAGAAUAUGGACUGAAAGCCCCUCCUGAACCCCUAGAGCCUCAGAAAAUUCUCGACGCCAUGCGCAUCUGUAACUCCACUAGAGGUUCAAAGGGAAGAUUUUGGGUC